AUGUUAAAGUUCUUCACUACCUCACUAAUCUAUGUGACAACAUGGAUUAUCUGGCAGUCACUGGCGUACAUGCCCCCAUCGAUAUGGAUGUUUGUUGGAACGAUCACCCCUAUCGGCCAUGCAAUCAACCCAACUAUUUACCUCAUCUUCAACAAGAAUCUGAGGCGAAGAUUAUCUGAUAUGAUAUGGGGCACACGGGUUGACGUUACACUCGUGAGUAGCACCGGGAAGAUGAAAGCAAAUUACUGA